AAUAAUACUAAUGGAGGAAGAAAAGAAGUUACAAAAUUUUGAAAAUAGUCCUGUGAAAAAAGAAAAACCAACCUUUGAGCGUAAAAGCAGCGAAUUACCAGGAGAAGAGAAACUGGAAGUGGAUAAUAUUGAUGAUAUGACACGAACCAGAUCAGAUACAGUAACUAAGCCAAGACACGAAUCUAUUAUGUCAAAAACUAUCCAAACCACCUAUGAAGAUUUAGAGAGUAGAAGGGAGAGCUACUCUCACCUUAAGGAUGUCGACUUUAAGGACCAUUUUAAUAACUGCACUAAUGUUUACAGAAAGACUUAUGUGACUGCAAAGGCAAAGAAUAAAUAUGGAUUUGUGAAAGAUAUUACAUUUGAAGAGCAAGUUAGUAGGCUCACUGAAGCAGAAGAAGAUGAAAAGGAAGGAAAACCUAGGAGCGCGCUUCAAAAUAAAAAGCUUUCAGAAAAAGAAACUAACCUUCAAAAUAUUAGACUCUCCAAAUGGAUGAAGAUGCUUGAAGUAUAUCCAGAUGAAGUGCAUCCCAAGCUUAAGUCUAGAGCUAGGAAAGGUAUCCCUGAUUAUUACAGAGCUACUGCUUGGAGAGUCCUCACUUGUGUCAAGCGUCUUCAAGAAGAAAAUGAAUCCCUAGAUUAUUUUAGAAUUAUUAAGGUUAAAGGGGAGAAAAAGGAAAUUGAUACCAUUUUUAAAGAUGUCACCAGAACUUUUAGCAAACAUUCAUUCUUUGAAGAAAAAUACGGUUUCGGUCAAAAAACACUUUUCAAUGUUCUAAAGGCUAUUUCCCUUGUGCAUAAAGAUACAGGGUACAUCCAGGGCAUGAAUAGCAUUGUUGGUAUACUUCUAAUGUAUAUGAACGAAGAAAAUUCCUUUUGGACCAUGCUCUCCUUAUUAAUCAAGUAUAAUCAUAAAAAGUACUUUUUGCCUGGACUACCCGGACUUUUUGAAAGCUUCUAUAUUUUUAUGAAACUGAUGAAGAAAGUUCUACCUAAAUCAUAUAAACACAUGAAAGAUAAGGGAAUUAAGCCAUCAAUGUUUGCAACACAGUGGUUUGUCACUCUCUUCACUUCUGGCUUUGAUCCUGAAGUCACUGUGAGAAUCUAUGAUUCCUUCUUCACAGAGGGUCCAAAGAUACUUUACAGAGUUGCUCUAUGGAUUAUGAAGGACAACGAAUCAAAAUACCUCGGAAAAGAUUUAGACGACUUUCUCCAAGUCUUAUUUGCAACUCCGAAAGGAUUGGACCCAGACAAGCUAAUGGAUGGAUCAGUAAAGAUAAAGAUUACCCGGCAACAAAUAAUUGAUCUUGAGGAGGAAUACAAGACAAAGCCUGAUGAUGAAGUCAUGGAGAUAGUGCAAGCUUAA